AAACAGUUACACGGAGCACUAACGUACCGUCACCAGAUAAGGGUAUGGUAUUUAUGAAAGAAACAAGAAGUAAGAAGUGUUAUUAUUAUUACGUUGCCGGCAGUCUUACUGCGGCCCGUGGCUUGACCGGUUGUUCGCUACGUUCUGUGACACUAUUAGCACCUUCUACACCGAUCAUGGGAAACUUGUUAUUCUCCAUCAUAUGGCUGUUGAUCCUCAUCUUCAUAGGAUUCUGGAUCGCGGGCAUCGCCGCCGGAUUUUACAUCCUCCUGAUCCCCUUCACAGUUUGCAUAGAACCUUUAUCGGGGCUGACGGACUUCUUACUAAAAGUGUUACAAUUUCCGAAAUACUGCGCCCAAUCUAUGAUGGAUGGAAAGGGUUUCAACUAACUACAUUAAGCUAGUCAUAAUGUAAUUUAUAGCACUUCUUGGUGCCAUUUUAAUAUUACUAAUUUAAAUACUUAAUUAUAAAUGUUAUUUUAAAUACUGUCAGUAUUUUUAAAUAUUCACAUUUA